AUGGUUGGAAUCACAGGGCUACUUGUUAUGCCAUACUUGGUAACAUCUUUAAUUUGUGCAGGCUCUGACACAAUGGCAAUUAGAAUUAAGUUGAUGUCAAGUACUUUAGUUACUGCUGGAAUCUCAACAAUAAUACAAACCACAUUUGGUUUAAGAUUAGCUGUAUAUCAAGGAACUGCAUUUACAUUUUUACCACCAUUACUUGCUUUUUCUCAAUUACCAGAUUUUCAAUGUAAAGCAAGUGAGGCAGAUUUUGUUCCACAAGAAGAAUAUAUUAAUAAACUUCAAAUGAUUAGUGGUUCUUUAAUGGGUGCCUCAUUAAUUAUGAUUUUUUGUGGUAUCUCAGGCAUUAUAGGAAAAAUUUCUCGUUAUGUUGGUCCAGUAACUAUAACACCAUUAUUAAUUCUUCUUUGUCUUUCUGCUGCCCCUGUUGGAUUAGAAAAAGCGGAACUACAUUAUAUGUCAAUUGUUCAAUUUUCUAUUUUAGCUAUUAUUAUAUUAUUUCUUCAUGAUAUUAAUAUUCCUAUACCAACAUAUUCUAAUAAAAAUAUAAUUUGGAUUAAAUAUAGACUAUUUGGUAAUUUCCCUUAUUUAAUAGCAAUAAUUAUUUGUUGGGGAAUAUGUGGAAUCUUAACAAUAACAAAUAUAGAACCAAAAAAUGGUCAGGUAAGAGUUGAUAAAAAUGAAACAAUAUAUAUUAUUGAACAUUCACCAUGGUUUCAAUUUCCAUAUCCAGGACAAUUUGGUGUUCCUAAAUUUCAUCUUGGAUUAUUUGUUGGUUUUUUAACAUCAUGUAUAAUUUGUAUGAUUGAAUCAAUUGGAAGUUAUAAAAUAGUUGCAUCAAUUUCAGAAGAAUCACCACCAACAUCAAGAAUUAUUAAUCGUUCUAUUAUAAUGGAAGGUUUAGGUUGUUUUGUAGCUGGAGUAAUGGGUAUUGGUGUAGGUGUUACAACAUACUCAGAAAAUGUUGCAGUUCUCUCAGCUACUAAUAUAGUUUCAAGAAUAACUGUUCAAAUAGCUGGAGUAUUAUUAGUAAUUUUAGGAUUUUUUACAAAAUUUGCAGCUAUCAUUUCAUCUAUACCAGAAACAUUAAUAGGUGGAUUAUUUAUAAUGUCAUUUUCAAUGGUUUGUGGUAUAGGUUUUGCAAAUCUAAAAACUGUUUGUUUAAAAAAUUCAAGAAAUGUUACUAUUAUUGGUGUAUCAGUAAUACUUGGUUCAAUUAUUCCUCAAUUUUUUGAAAAAAAUAAUAUAAGAACUGGUAAUAAUGAGAUAGAUAAUUUAUUAAUGUCAAUAUUAAAAAUUAAAAUGUUAGUUGGAGGAACUAUAGCAUUUAUAUUAGAUAAUAUAGCUCCCGGUGCAACAACCAUAGAAAGAGGUAUUCAUAGUAAUGAUAAUAAUGAAUAUGAUAUCAAAUAUGAAUCAGAUGGUUAUUGGUUUCCAAAAAUAAUAUGCAAAUUUUUAUUAAGAUAUAGUUUUUUAACAAAAUUAUCAUUUUUACCUUCAAAAGAUAUGUUAAAAAUUAUAGUACGUAGGCAAAGUAUUUCUAAAGACUAA